UAUAUGUAUAUAGAAGUAUAUAUAAGCUGUACAUGUUAAUGUAUAUAAUUAUUUGUUGAAACAAAAUGCGCCGCCGUCAACAUGAUAAAUGUUGGCAAUGCCCCACGGAAAUCAAACAAAAGCGAUUGGACUCUGCGCUGUUGCCACAAAAACAGGGCAAUCAGGUGCGCAAGCCGCCCAGCAAGCCCAAGCCUGAUUUGAAGGAAGUCAAGAAUCUGCCCGUGCAGCUGCUUUGCAAACAGGGUGUUGCCACCACGAGUGUGGCAGCAGCGCGUCGCCAGCACUACAAGCAGCAUGAGCUGAUUGUGCAUUGGGAGCGCUCACAGCCCCAAAAGUAUCCACCUAUUAAACUAUUGCCGCCCUGGUAGCCAGCCAAUCGCCUAUACAAAAAUUUUUAAUUUUGAAGCACAAUUCGACUUGCAAAAUCUUUCAGCUGUUGCAUGUGAAGUGAAGCAACCUACAAAAUUCCAUAUUGAUAGUUAAAUUAUGGCGAACAACAACAUGCAAACAAAUUGUUAAAACAUUUACAAUUUCAUAUUGAAACAUUUACACAAAAACAAUGUUUACAUUUUGCAUUAAUUUAUCUCGCCUAAUGUUUAACCAAUCACAUACACAAAUAAAUGGCAAAUAGUU